UUUUGUUUCAACUCACAGUCGUUCUCUCCUUGAUUUCUGAAAUACACUCUUUUCAUCUUAAAACAUGAUUUCUGCAUUUCGAAAAUGCGGCCUAGUUGGGGCGUUACUCGCCGCCACGGCCGCUGCUGGCCCUAUUGCUGCCCGUGAUGUUGAAGUCAUGUCAUCCAUACAACAACGAGGGCCCAUCCCAUUGGGGACGUAUAGCUUGUCAACCACUCACCAGCACGAUACGAUCUUAAACACCGAGAAAACGGUCCAAGAAGGUACCCUUGGAGCUACACAUGAACUGACGGUGGAAUGUGUGGACUGCCGAACCUGGGGAACUGCUGUUGUAUCAAACACUGGAAUCGACAAGGAUGAAAGCCUGCUCGGCGACAUUACUACCUUCUUUGAGGACCCGUUAGAUGUCAUUCCCGCAGCGUUUGGUAUGAAUGUCAGGAUAGACUUUGAGAAUGUGGGAGGUCACAUGGAAUUCGACAUCCACGCCGCCGACAGUGUUACCUACUCUUUGCCCAUCUUCGCAUCGGCAGCAGCAGCCGUGGGUACUCCCUGCAGCGAGGAUGUUAGCAUUGGUGUCGGACUUUUCAUCGACUUGGUCUUCACUCUGAGCGCCGAGAUUGACGUUGAGACUGGAUUUGAAUUCGCCUUCCCUGAGGGUGCCUACAUGGUCGUUGAUCCUAUUACUGGUCAUAUCGUUGAACAGAACUUCGCCGGUGCUGUCAUGAAGCAACUGCCGAUUAAAUGCGCAUUCGGUGAAGCAUCGCUCAGCGUUGCUAUCCGAGUCCGUGUUGAGGCCGGUACCACUGUCGAAGUCUUCGGAACCGGAUUCGACUUUGAACUUGGUGUCUACGUUGACCUUGCUGCUUACACCGCUGUCAUUGGAUCCACCGAUGCGUGCCCACUGUCUAUCGACGCGGGUGUCAACGUCGAUGUUGGUGUCUUUGCCUUGGCCGUUGUCGAAAUUGACUACCAAAACUUCCUCGCCAUCCCCGUCGAUAUCAGCACUGCCUUGGGUAUCAACCUGCCACUUCUCUGCCAACCUCAACCGGACUCGUGCUCUAAGCCAGCGCUCCCCUCGUCGGCACCCAAGAGCACUCCUGUGGUGAACAGCACCGUCGUCGCCCCAACCCCCAAGCCUGUCCACCUCAACGGCACCGCCCCUCUGACAACCUCAACCGUCUACACCACCGACAUCACCACCAUCACCUCCUGCGCCGCAACCGUCCUCCACUGCCCCGCCAGCUCCGCCAAGCCAGUCGUCGUGACCAACACCCGCGUCCUCUACACCACCGUCUGCCCCGUCGCUGAAGCUCAACAAUCCCAAUCCACCUUCCAAACCGCCGUCGUCCCCGCCAUCACCACCCCUACCCCAACCAACACCCCCGUGCCCGUGAUCUCCGGCCAGACCCUCACCUCCUACGCCACCCCCGUCGUAUCUACUAUCUGCGUUCCCACCGUCGCCAAACCCACCUACACCAAGCCAACUGGCACCAGCUUCUCCGUCCUAAACCCCACCUUCAACAGCGCCGCUCCCGUUGCUCCUGCUGCCUCAUCUCCUGCUUUCGUCGCUCCCGAGGCUCCCGCCGUCUCCUCCCCAGCCGUCCUCGCCCCUGCGGCCCCCGCUGCUUCCUCCCCAGCUGUCAUCGCUCCCGAGGCUCCUGCUGUCUCAGCUCCCGCCGUCAUUGCUCCCGAGGCGCCCGCUGGCUCCCCAUCCCCUGCCGUCGUCGCUCCUGAGACCCCGGCUGGCUCAGCUCCCGCCGUUGUCGCCCCAGAGGCUCCUGCUGGCUCCCCAGCCGUCGUCACUCCCGAGGCACCCGCCGUCGCCGCUCCCAGCCCCAACACCCCGGCACCCCAAUACGCCCCCGCAGCCCCAGCCCCAGCCGCCGGCCGUCCCUCAGGGGUUCCCAGCCUCGGCCCUUACGGCGCCAACAACACGAUCGCGACGCCGUCGGCGCCCAGCUCCGUGGUCGCCUACACCGCGGGCGCAGCUCGCAGCCAAGGAGCGCUCGCUUCGGUCCUCGGUCUCGUUGGAGUCUUCGUGUUCAAUAUGAUAUAUUCGAAUCUCUGA